CGGCGAAGAGACAAACUUAAACUUGUGAGUGGUCCGCCUUGACGAUCGGACGCUUUGUUCACAUCAAAAUGCUGCAGAAAUAUUUAUUUGUUUCCGUGUUGCUCGUAUUGUGCUAUCUCAACAGCGUGUCUUCGCGACCUUCAAGCAAUGAGUCUGGUCCUAUAAAAGUUGAGAUGCCAAUCGACAGCAUAGCCCAGGAUGCAUCAGCAAAGGAAGAGCGAUCUAUUUAUUACCAAUCAGAUCCUGCAGAACUUCAAGGCGGAACAACUCUUGAUAUAGUUGAUAAAAUUAAAGCUAUUAAUGAGGGUCUUAAGAAACCGUAUCGUCAACAGUAUAAUUACAACAAACCGCACUCGGUCGGUGGUUACGAAAUCGAUAAAGAUAUAUUGGAAAAAAUCCAGCAAGCUAUUGCAUCUGGUAAAAUUCAUACUAAUGGAGGGCCGCAAAAACAAGCAGAAAAUAAUUUGUUGCAAAAUGAGGAGGAAAAUUUCAAGCGCUAUAUUCAUUCAAGAGCAAUGAGGCAAAAUCAAGGAGUUCCUAUAAUGCAACAUCCAUAUCUAAUGAAUAUCCCCGUUUUAAUAAUGCCACAAAAUGCGGAUUUAUACAAUCGAUUCGCUAUUAAUAACGAUUUAAAAUCUAUGUCACAGAAUGAUGUUUAUCAAACCAGACAAGAAUCCUCCUUUCCCAGUUUUCCCUCAUUUCCAUCAUUUCCAUUUCAAAAUUUCCAAUGGCCAUUUGCUCAAUUCUUCCCUUUUAUUAUCAAGGAUCCCUUUUUAACAUUUAGCCAAUCUGGUGGCUGGAAUAACUUAAUUGAAUAUGGUCAAAACGCUGAUGUUUGUACUCGGAAACAAAAAUCUGUAAAUGAAGGUACAGAGGAAAUAAGUCCCCAUGAAAAUGACCUUGAUGAUGGAAGCAGUUUAGAUUCAGAACAAGCCGAACACAGACGAGAAGCCCGCGCUUUGAAAAAACGCACUGUUAAUAACCGCUCCGUUAACCAAGAAAUUGAAGAUGAUCAACAGCCAAAGAAAAUAUACGUAACAAAACCAGUAACAACAAAUAUAAAAAAGACUACUAAAAAGCCGUAUGUUGAAGAAAAUGAGGAAGUCAAAAAUGAAGAUUCAGGAGAUUUACGUUUUCCUUUUGGUGAUUUUGGUUGGUUUGGGAAUAGAAAGCCUGUAGCCCCCAGUCCAGGGUUCUUCAUAAAUAAAUUGCGUGUAAGGAAAGGAGGUGUUGCAAUCGCUGGCCCGGGUGGCGUAGCGACAGCUGGAAGAGGGGGUACUGCAAUAGUUGGGCCUGGAGGUCUGGCAUACACUCAGCCUGGUGGAUUGGCCGUUGCUGGUCCGGCUGCACGAGUCAUCGCCUUAUCUCCAGAUGUGGACCUGAAUGCUCUCAUCACACGUAUUCAUCAAGAAAACGAUCCAUCAGUCCCACGUUCACAGCAACCGAUUAGAGAAGGAAAAAUAGUCGCAACUGGACCUGUAGUUUUUUAUCAUCCCAACGAACAAUAUCCUGAAAUGGAAGAAGGAAGUACUAACUUGGAUUGGCGGCCAGAUACAUCGGAAUCGUACUAUUACGACGGUAUGGGGAUAAUGCAAAUGGUGAAGCCAGGCUUGCAGUUCGUUCUUCGCCUUAAUCCAGAAGCGCUCGCGGUAAGCGGUGCUCGAGGCUCUUCUAUAGCUAAUCCAGUUUCACAAGUAUUUAUUAAUAGUAGUGAUAAGGGCUCCAUAAUGCACAGUCCUAUAGCAACCGCCGUUGCAGGACCGGGUGGCAUUGCACACGCCGAUUCAACCCAAUACCUGCCAUUCUAUGGUGGAGCAAAAGGCCAGUAUUUAGAAAUUAAAAAGGACACUUUAGGCUCUGUUCUGAGUGAGAAGAUUGUGCCUGAAGACAGCUUGAGUAAUGAGAAUGUAUUAAAGAACAGCGAAGAUAACUUACAAUCUAAGCUCUUUGCUACAAAUCUUGGACAACUGAAAUCAUUGUCUUCAAGUUUGUUGAGAUUACACAACCUGGGAAGAAGACUCGGAUACUUAGGAACCAAUGAGAAGGAAAGGUUCAAAACUCAAUUGGCAUCGCUUGGUGAGACUGCGUCAAACACUAUUAAGAUUGUUGACGAAAUUGGUGAAGAUUAUGAUGUGCUGUUCAAGAAAUCUAAACCAGAAUCACCAGUUUCAAGGAAAUAUGACAACUAUGAUGAUAGUGACGAAGAAGGAAUCAGCGUUGGGACAGACGAAAACGACAGUGUACUCGACAGAGCUACGAUUGCUGAAGCUAAGCCUGUUGGUCUGGCAGUAGUUGGUGAGAAUGGUUUAGCAGCAUCACGACCCAUGGCAACAGCAGUCGCAGCGUCAGGAGUUGCUUUAGCCAGACCCAUCGCUACCGCCAUAGCUGGGCUCGACCCAACCUUACUUGGCAUUGCUUUCCAACAUAAUCCACACGAAAAAACUAUUCAAGUUAAUGGCAAAUACGUAGCCUGAGUCAGUGUCCGAUGUCAGUCUGUAGUUCUUAAUGCAGCUCUCUAAUAAAGCUCUCUGAUUAAUGUGCCACAAACAUAUAUUUACUAAAGAAUUUAGAUUUAGAAAUUAUUUAAAUUAUUUUUUACGUUUGGAAUAAGAUUCCAAGGUACGAAUUGUGAUUGUAAAUUAAAUAUAUUAAAAAUUA